AUGGUUGGUGGCAAAUCCCAAGCCUCAUUCGAGUCCGCCCGGGAGCGCGAAACCUUCAGAUACGACACAUCCCUCAUUUCCGCAUCGCGCAAGAACGACCCUGCCAACCUUAUUCCUCCAUCCGAGAUAAAGGCUUGCCCUGAUGCCUCCCUUACUGCCUUCGCCCAGCUGGGCGCCUUGCGAAUGGGAGCUUCUCGUGCCAUGAUAUCCCUCUUCGACCGCAAGUAUCAAUACAUUGUAGCCGAAGCCACACCAAAUUUACUUUUGUUCCCGAAUGCGACUACCGCCGACUUGGAUCCCGAAGAACGGUUGUGGCUUUGCGGAACCCAUCUACCCCGCGCACAUGGGAUAUGCGAGUCUGUCCUUCUCGCGCACAGCACCGCCAGACACAAGUCGUCUGACGGUGACGCACUGCCCGUGUCUGUCAUCCCCGAUCUCACGAGCGACCCGAAAUUUUCAGACAAGUCUCUGAGCAUGCAGUGGCCGAACCCUCGUUUCUACGCGGGCGUUCCUAUCAAGUCGCGCAGAGGUGUCAGCAUCGGCGUCUUCUCUGUUUGGUCCGCCGACCCGCGGCAAGAGUUGGGCUUCCACUCUACCCAGCUUCUGAGGGGUUUGUCCAGAAUGGUGACUGACCACCUAGAUUCUAAACGUACCGUCCAGAGGCAUCAUAGGGCGGUGAGGAUGCUUCGUGGCAUGGGAAGCUUCGUCGAAGGAAAAUCCACCAUGUCCAAGCUAGCGUCGCAAAGUCACACAAACGACCAAUCUGUCGAAGGUGCUUUGAAUCAAAAUCAGCAGCGGCUCCAGAGCAACCAAGAGGAAGACAAUGCCCAUGACGAUGAGUCUACGCCUGACUCUGCCACACCCUCAACUCCAAGCCCGAAGAAGUCCCCCUCCCUGCCACCACAGAGAGGUCAUCGGCGUCCAUCAUCUCCUUCGGACGAUUCGGAUGACAAUACACUGCCAACGACAGAGACAAUGACAGAGACAACAAGCCAGACCAGCGACGAGGAAGGCAUCAACCAUAUCUUCUCCAAGGCGGCGAACAUUAUCCGUGAGAGUAUCGAGGUCGAAGGUGCCUUGUUUCUAGAUGCCAGCAUUGGUUCCUUUGCCGGUUUGGCCACCAAGACGACGACCUCGGGAAGCUUUAGCUCUUCCUCCAGCAGCGAUGAGCACAGCAGCGGACUCCCUUCAAGAAAAACUCUCUAUAAUAACGAGGCGGAUGUGCCUUGUCGUAUACUUGGUCACUCGAACUCCUUGACGUCCAGUAUUGACCGGCAGAAUACCCCCAAGGACCAGCGUCGUUUUUCGGAGCUUUUCCUGGCCAAGCUGCUGCGUCGGUAUCCCUCUGGUCGCAUCUUUGCUUUCGACGAGAAUGGGUCUCUGCAGUCGACUGAUUUCUCAGGCGAAGACCUGGCGACACCGCUGUCUCCAGUGGACGAGGAAACGCUCUCCGAGCUGCAAAUGUCUGAACGAUCUCGCAAGCGGAACAAGAAGCUGCUGUCGCGUCAGAAUGAGGGGAAGAUGCUCAUGACCCUUUUCUCUGGCGCUAGGAGUGUUGCCCUCGUCCCUCUCUGGGACGCUCAAAAACAGCGAUGGUAUUCGGGUGGUUUUGUUUACACGAAAACUCCCACUCGCGUUCUGACCAUCGAGAGCGAGCUCAGCUACCUGCGAGCCUUUGGGACUGUUAUCAUGUCAGAAGUUGCCAAGUACAAUGCUCGUAUGGUAGAUAAGGCGAAGUCUGAUUUACUCAGCUCUCUAUCGCACGAGCUUCGUUCGCCUUUACAUGGCAUUCUGCUCGGCGCAGAGCUGAUGCAAGAUACAAACCUCGAUGCGUUUCAGGGAGACGUCUUGCACUCUGUAGAAACAUGCGGGAAGACCCUGCUGGACACCAUGGACCAUCUUCUUGACUACAGCAAGCUUGGAAACUUCCUCAGACCAACGACUGGACGCCGAAAGAGCACUUCCGGCAUGGCCGAUCGGGGUUUGCGCAAUGUCGACAAGAAACUCACCAUCGAGGCCGGAAUGAUGUCCCUAAGUCGCAACGUUAACAUUGACGUGCUUGCAGAGGAGGUCAUCGAGAGUGUGUGCGCCGGUUUCAGUUUCCAGCGGUUUGCCGUAUCGCGGUUGACAGAAAGCCGACCUUCGGAACAUGGUGAUAUUGAUGCUCUACAUAGGCUCGACAGCAUGCAGGCGCUUGAAAACAUGUCAUCAGAAACCAACAAAGGCGGCGAUUCUCAGAUCUUGCUGGGCGAUGUCUCGGUAACGUACGAUGUGAAUCCAGCCGCCUCCUGGCGCUUUAACACCCAACCCGGUGCACUUCGAAGGAUCAUUCUCAACAUCCUUGGCAACGCACUCAAAUACACCACACGGGGUUUCGUCAACGUCAACGUGCUCCAGCUGGACUCCUCACGACCUGGAUCUCGAGAAAUUCACAUCAUCGUCACAGACUCUGGGAAGGGCAUGUCCGAAGACUAUCUACGGUAUCACCUAUAUGCCCCAUUCCAUCAAGAAGACAACCUCUCAGCUGGUACGGGCCUCGGCUUGAGUCUAGUGAAGGAGGUUGUCACUCGCUUAGGAGGGUCGAUCCAGGUUUGGAGCAAACUCAAUCGAGGCACCAAGGUUACUGUCAAACUACCACUACAGGAGGCGUCAACCCCAUCGCCCAAAAGCAGCAUCCCGAAAACUGUCAACUUUGAUGAAUUCCGAGCCCAGGUGAGUGAGUUGAAAGGCCUCAGGGUACGCCUCCUCGGGUUCUCAGCAAACGUCGGCACAGCGGAUGACGAAAUUUCGGCGAACACAUCAAGUGAGGCAACUUUACUUGAAAAUAUAUGCCGCGACUGGCUCGAGAUGCAGGUUAUAGACGCAUCUUCCUUGAAAAGGCUCCUUCCCGACCUUAUAUUGGCAACAGAACGGAAUCUUGACCGUCUUCUUUUCGAACAGAGACAUGGCAGUGGAUCCACUCCUGUUGUCGUGGUAUGUCGGAAUGCCUUGAUUGCGAGACAACUGGCGACUUCUCCUCGAUUCACAACCCGCCGAGUUGUGUUCGAGUUCGUAUCUCAGCCCAUUGGGCCGAGGAAGCUUGCACGAAUCUUGUUGCUGAGCUUCAGGCGAUGGACAAGAAUGCAGGCCUCCGCUAUCAAGACACCGACAGCAUUAUCACUGGCCACAUCUGAAUACCGGGACAACCUUGACGGUGCAUCCGCUCUAGACUCUCUAGACGUAAGAUCAACAGCAGCCCUGAGCAAGGAACCCGCCCCCGAUGACACAGAAUACUUCAAUAUUCCAAGUCUGCAACCGGCAGAGUCGAUAGAUACGGCCAAAAAAGUAGAUGUGGAACACGAUAGGACUGAGACGUUACCGGAGCGGCCAGUUCCCAACGGAUCGUCGACACCGACACCUGACAACCGGGAACCAGAUGAGUCAUCCAACAACAGCGAUAACGAUCAAAACUUGUUUCUUCUCGUGGACGACAACGCAAUUAAUUUGAAAAUAUUGUCUGAAUAUAUGAAGAAGCUGGGCCACAGGUAUGCGACAGCAAUGAAUGGGAAACAAGCCGUCGAGGCCUUUAAGAAAAGCGAAGGCCGAAUCAAGUGUGUGUUCAUGGAUAUCUCCAUGCCCGUCAUGGAUGGCUUCGAAGCCACCCGAGAGAUCCGCGUCUUCGAGACGAGGAAGAACAUACCUCGGUGCCAAGUGUUUGCACUCACGGGUUUGGCAUCUGCGAGCGCCCAGGAGGAAGCGUUCGCGAGCGGCAUUGAUCUAUUCCUGACAAAGCCCGUGAAGCUAAAGGAGUUGAGCAAGAUCAUACGGACUAGUGAUAUUGCGUAA